UAAAUGGAGGGGCUGCGAGACACAUUCCGAAAGGAAUUCAACAAGUCGAAAAAACAGAAAUCUGGAGAUGGUGCAGAAUCGGUAGUUACCUUCAAAUGGCCAUAUUACAAAAUACUGUUGUUUUUAUCUAAAACUGUUGAGCGACGUAAACUGCAUGGCAAUAUAUCUCCGCAAGAGGAAAACAAUAACAACUCUUCUUCCGAGUCAGAAUCUACAUUGGAAGCUGCAGACAAUGCAUACUCUCAAUCAACCAUUCAGGAGUCAUCACAACAAAUUGUAAAUACAGAUAUACACCAGCCAUCCACAUCAGGUAAUAAGUUUACAAGUACAUUCCGAACACCUAGUAGAACAACUUUGCAAAGUAAGAAAAACACAAACAAUCGUCUGAAAUAUGCUAAGAAUUCCGAGACAAAUUCAGUGGACAACAAGUUCCUCGAAAUAGAAAGAGCCAAAUUGGAAAUAUUGUCCCAACAUAAAAAUAGAGAAGACAGUGACAGUGAACGCAAAUUCCUACUGAGUCUCCUACCCUUUUUAAAGGCUGUACCUCAAAAUCGACAAUUGCUGGUGAGAAGUAAGUUGCAGCAAGUAUUUCUUGAAGAAGAACAAUUAUCUACAAGAGACGUGGCCGGAGCAGCAUAUCGUUCCAAUGAAACAAUUACAUCAACACCGUUGCCUUCUCCAAUGUCUUACACGGACACCGAUUCCUCCAGAGCGUCAUUCUAUUGUAAUGACUUAGUAUCAACACCACAUCAUUCUUCAUCUUUGCAAAAUACAGAAUCUUCCGGGGUCUCACAAUAUUCAAAUGAAAGAAGAGAAGAUGUUUCCUAUCAACAUCCAUUGUCCAUUCAGAAGUGUCUUCUGGAAAACCAACCCGCAAACGUCAGCAAUACAAUUCCACAAGAAUCAUCUUCAGAUAACUUCAUUCUUCCACGCCAACGCACAAGAUUAUACGCCAACGCCGCAGCCAAUACCAAUACCCAUCCGUCAUAUCUCUUCUGCAUAACAAAUAUCGAUCUGGACUACAACGAGGAUCAGGUCACUGCCUUGUUAACCGAACAGGAGUUCCCUACUGUUAAGCAGUGGAAAGAAAAAUCUCUCAGACUUAACCGGGAAUCUAAGGUGAUCAAGGUACUGACCACCUCGAUGGAUAAGUAG